AUGGGGCGGAAAGGAGAUUCUCGAGGGGGUGGGGAGAGGGGAGAGAAUGUUGGAGGCGAGGAGGGCAACAGCGGGUCCGGGGGAUCAGGGGGAGGCAGCGGUUCCGGCGGACGUGGUUCAAGCGGAGGAGGGGAGGAGGGCGGAGGCAAAGGCGGGGGGGACGCAAAUCCGAUAACCACCGGCGCGCUUCUCCCGCUCGUCGACCGUUUCCAGGCGCAUGUGAACCGCGCGUGGCAAUUCCGCGCUUCCCCCGUUGCCUCCGCGCUUCUGCAGUCCGCCGCGCGCCUUCCGCCGUUGCUCCGCACGUCCGCGACGUCAGGCGCGCUGCUGGCGGGCGGGGACGUGUGCGCGCAGUGCAUCGAGCUCUCCUCAGCUGGAGACGCAGCGCGGAUCCGCGACACGUGUGGAGAAGCAGCGCAGCCAAGCGACACGUGCGGUGACAAAGCUAAUACCCUCAGCUACAGCAGCAGCGGCAUAUCAAGGGACGGCUCUGGCAACGCGACAGCAGGACCAGCACCAACAUUCAACGUGGCGAGAUCCUUGCGAAUGAUGGUGUACGGCGCGUGCAUAUACGGCCCUGCGCUGCACGUGUGGUACCCCCUGGUGGAGAGGGUAGCGCCAGGGAGAAGCCUGGGCGCCACUGUGGGGAAGGUGCUGGCAUCUCAGGCUCUGCUGAAUCCGUGCCUGAUUGCUGCCGUGUUUGCAUUUAACUACGUGUGGACAGGACAGCUGCAUGCAUUGAAAGACAAGUACCGGCGGGACUUCCUGCGGACGUGGCGGCGCGGGUGGCACUUCUGGCUGCCGGCCAGCUUCACAUCGUUCCGCCUGGUGCCGCUGCACCUGCGCCCCGCCUUCUCCUCCGCCUGCUCGCUGCUCUGGAACUGCCACCUUUCCAUGGUCACCAUGCACCAGGUGCGUGCAGGGGAAAGGAAGGUAUCUGGGGGGGAUGUGCGAUAUGAAAGUGCUCUUGUUCCUUUGUACCAUGGUUUGGACCUGCUCGCUGCUGAGGUCACCAUGCAACAGGUGCGCCUCUCCCUCUCGUAUUCAGAGUCGAGUUAA